AUAUGUAUAUUUGUCUUUUGAUUUAAAUAUAAAAUUGAGUGAUUUCUAGUAACACGAACAGACCUUACAUCUAUAUAUGGCGGCAGUUUGCUUUAACUCUUGUUAUAGGAACUGUAGAACCUGUGUUGUAUUUCUCUCCAUUUCUCUCAGGAAACGGGAACGUAUGUUGUCCUGUCGCACAUUAAUACGUACGUGUUUACACAUCGAGGAGGUGAGAUGGGACGAGCGUGAUACCGACCGCGCGAUUCGGACGACGAUCGAUGGCCAGCGAGUGACACUUCUCGUUUCCGAUGUCGAGCGCGUCUUGUCGAGUUGGAUGCGGUCGCGUGCACACUUCCACGUGCUUUGUGAUAACGAGGCGACUUGUAUGCGCUGACGCGUAGCCACACGCGUGGAGGAUCGUCGGGCAUAUGAUACUGUCUUGUUGACUCUCGAGGAAGCCGCUCUUCCUUUCGCUCUCUUCGUCGAAUCGUCGGUGAGUGACACGCUGGAAUAACCUCCAAAGCACGUGACACGCGUGCCAUCGAGGGGAAAUAUUAGAGAGGGAAAGGUAUUAUUGUGACUUUUAUGGGGAUUGUAUUGUGACUGCUUGUAUUAGCACCGUUAUUAGGUGAAUUCUAUUGAUUAAUUAGAUUUAAUUGUAAUAUUAUUGUCUAUAAUAAUAAUGCUUGCUCGUCGAGCACGUAUUAAAGCUUUGGCUGCUGUGCCAGUUCGGAAGAAGGCUUCACAAGAUUCAAUAGAUUCUAACAAUGUGGCUGAUAAGGAACAGAAAAAAGAAAAUGAAUCUAAUAUUAAUGAGACAGAACAGAAAGAAGUUAUUAAGGAUGUUGCAAAAAUAGAAGAUAUUAGGACUAAAGUGUCUGAACGAAAAGAAGAAUCUAGCAAUAGUAUAUCAGAGGAAAAUGUAGUUAAAACUGAAGCAUCUGAACAAAAAGAAGAUAUAUCCAGCAUUAAUAUAUUAAAACCAGAAAAACAGGAAAGUAUAUCUAGCAGUAGUGUAUCAAAUCGAGAAGCUGUCAAAGAUGUUGCAAAGAUUCAAAACAAAACAACUAAUGAGGAACGAAACACAGUUAGUUUGGAAGAAUCAGUUACAAAUGAAAAAUCAGAUUCCCAGGAAUUAAGUUCUCCACUAAAAGCAAAUUCUCAAGGGUUAUGCACUCAAGUGAAGCCAAAUUCUCAAGAAUUUCUGUGUACUGGAAUUAUGUCUGACAAAAUUAGUAGUCAGUUGGUUCAGAAAACUAUUCCACCACUAGAUUCCACCACUACAGCAAUAGAUAUAGCCUCUCCUACAAAGCUAAUACAGAGUCGAUCAUGUUUUAUGAGACCUAUACCACGGUUGGACAGCAGUGGUAGAAUAAGAAAGAACAGUAUACAGGGUAGUGGAGCGAGCGCGAGUGAAUCUGAGGACGAACAUAGUAAGAGAGUGGCAUCCGUUGUGCCAAGUCGUGUACGAAACGACUCCGUUUGUUCUGUACAAAGCAACAAGGAGAGUACCAUCAAUGAUAAUCAAAACAAUAUUCCGAAAAGUAAAACGACGCAGAAAAAACGUAUGCUGAUUUCGGAAUCAGCGAGGAAGCUGGCCGAAGCUAGAAGAGAGUUUUUGCUAAAGCACGAAAAUAGAACGCCUGAUAGAAGUCAGUUGAAAAUGUAUGAUUUGAUAUACUACAACCCCGUGACAAAUCCUAUGAAAAAGUUGUCAGUUGAACGAAAAGUUCAAUCAAUUACUACACCACAACCAGUGGAAGUACCAGAAGAAGAAAACGAGGACGAUCCAUCGGUAAUCGCCACACCACAAGUAAAAGUGGGUCCUGACGGUCAGUUGAUAGUAGACGAACAAAGUCUUGUAGUAGAACAAACAGAUGUGAAAGGAAGUGAUGAAAUGAGCGAAGCUAUUAUCGAAGACGAUUCCCAUAGUGGUGGUUUUUAUAAGAGACAUAAAAGGAGCAAGGAUUGGCCAAAAUGGGAAACAUUCAAAUUUUACAGAGUUUUAAAUGUAGUAGGCACAGAUUUUCUAUUGAUGAAGACACUGUUCCCAAAUAGGAGUAGACAGGAAAUUAAACAAAAAUAUAAGAAAGAGGAAAGAAUUAAUCGACAUUUGGUUGAAAAAGCUCUGAAAUAUCACCAAGAGUUUAAUACUGAUAUGCUAGAAGAACAAUUAGCAAUACUACAAAAAUUAGAAAAUAUUCCAGACAAUGAGAAAUCUAAAAAAGCACCAGAGAAAAAUAAAAAUAAUCAAUCCUUGACCAGAAUUGAACGAAAACGUAAGCGUCGAUUAGUAGCGGACAGUAUCGGGGAGUGUGAAGCAUUAUCCACACACAAUCAAACUGAACAACAAGAAACUGAAGAUACUGCAGUAUCGACAACAAACGAGGAAAUCAAUAUAGAAAUGAAUGGCAAUACAAAUGACUUUCAACAACAAACAAGAGGGAAGAAGAGUAAAGCGCGGAGAUCAAAAAAGCGUGUGGAAGAUAAACCACAAGAAAUUGUAUUUGACGAUCAUAGCUCUUGUACAGAUGCUGAUUCGGAUAGCUCCGAAGAGGUUUAUCAACUUAGACCGACUAGAUCUGGCAGACUGCCGAAGAAGAUAAGGAAGUUACAAGCGCCCGACCCUAGUACAAUUAACAGUAAUGAUAAGAAUGAAUCGGUAGAUGACGAGACUGCAAUACCAUCACACGAACCUGUGGAAGUUACAGAGUAUGUAAAUACACCAAAUACUACAAAUAGUGGAAACACGGAAACAUCUUCCGACAACAUCAUAUCGAUGAUACCGAAUAUUAAUCAAAUGGAGCCGGGAGCCUUGGUCAUCAUCUCGAAGGAAUCCGCAGAGAAUCCUGGAAAUACUAUUUUACAAGUUUAUAUGGUUGCCUCAAAUAUGAACUCUAGCACAAUGGUUACACCUUUACCCGUAGUUAGUGCAGCGUCUGAGAAUCAGUCGUCGGAACCUUUAACCACUAAAUCGGAAAAUGGCGAAUCAAUUAACAUUGUGGAUGACACUGAAAAAUGAUUUUUUGCAGUGCAUUUUGUUAUAAUUUUUAUAUGAAACUGAACUAUAUUCUUGAUUAGGAUAUUAAAUUUGUAAAUUUAUGUAAAUGUGUGUAUGUAUAAACUUUCAUUUUUUUACGUAUAUAUACAUUUUUUAAAAGGAAAGAUUUUUUAAUACUAAUUGCGAAAUUAUCAUGUAAGAUAUUUUGUCUGUAAAUAGAUUUGUUUUUUUAGUGAAAUGGAUUGUGCUAAUGUGAUAAGAAUUAACCAAUAUAUAUACGUAUGUACGUAUAUAUGUGCAAAAUGAAAAUUGUGUAAUUUUUAAAUUUUUUUAACUGAAUGCAAUUAAUACUAUCUAUAAGUCGAAUUUCGUACGUGUAAUCAUUUUUAUUAUACUGUCUAAUGAUUAGUAUACGAAAAAUUAUCUAAUUUUCUGCAUAUAAACUUUUAUUAACUAA